AUGCAGGAGACUGGUGGGGACGUAGGCGCAGGCAGCCUGGCGGGUGGCGCCAAAAGCCAGGGCCGGCGGGGGGUCGGGGGUGGCCGGGGCGGCCCCGGCAGCGCGGGUGCUGCUUCCGCUGCAGACCACGGAGCUCCGGGUGUCGCGCCGGCCCAGCACUCUUCCCAAAGGCCGGGAAGCCGACCAUGCGUAUUCACCCUAAGCGUGCCUUUCCCGUCCGCCUUGGAGGCAGAGAUUGCCCGUGGGUCCCUGGCCCCAGAUACCGAACCUCACCGUGGGGCGGUUGGGAAGGAGCUCACAGUGAGCGGCAAUGUCCUGGCGGUCUGCUGGAGAGCUGAAGAUUGCCGCCUCCUUCGAAUCUCCAUUGUCAACUUUCUGGACCAGCUUUCUCUGGUGAUGCGAACCAUGCAGCGCUUUGGGCCCCCUGUUGCCCGCUAAGCCAGGGCUGGGGAAAGGGGGGUCUGAUCUGGUGGCCCUUCCUAGACAGUGCAUCCUUCCUAGGGCAGUGAUUCCUGCACUAGUUGCCUAUUAUGGGGGCCUCAUCUUUUGGCUAUAAUGGCCCUUGUGUGCUCAAGGUCCACUUGCAUUGUUUGGUACUUAAAUGUUUCUUAACUACUGAAAAUAAAAUUGACCUAUGAUGAGUUUAUUUUCAACUGUAGCACCUUCAAAAUUCUUGCAUUUGUCCUUAGAUUGGAGGGUUCUGAUUCAGAUAGUCAAGUAGUACAGUGUAAGUGAAGAUAAUCUAAGAAAUGGAGGAGGAUAGGUCCUGUCUCUCAUUCAGUAUUAGCUACUAUCAAUAUUUUGGAGUAUUUUCUGAGUUUUAUAGUUACAUAGUAAAUGUGUAACAAUAAUAUUUGAUAUUGUGCAAGUUUAGCAUUUUUCCUGGUAUUUCUCAUCUAACAUGAACUUUUUUCUAAAAAUUAUUCAAAAUCAUUAUUGAUUGUUUAAACUAUUUUCAGUCUUUGCCAUAUUAUAGGUAAUGAUUC